UGCAGCGGCGGGGCCUGCUGCGGCAGCGGCGGGGGGGGGGGGGGGGGGCUCGCCGCCGUUUCAGGGGCUCGCGGUCUGCGCAGGGGCGGCGCAGGCGAUGCAGGCGAAGGAGGCGCAGGCGGCGGACAAGGAGCAGCAGCAGCAGCAGCAGCAGCUGCGGCUGCAGCAGCAGCAGCAGCAGCUCCAGCAACGCGGGCAGCAGGACGCGCAGCAGCAGCUGCUGCAGCAGCGACACGCGCAACGCGACAAAGACAAAGACAGCCAAAAGUGGGCUGCAGCAGAAGCAGCAGCGGCCCCCGAACAAACCCUCGCGGAACUCCCGCAGCAGCAGCAGCAGCAGCAGCAGCAGCAGCAGCAGCAGCAGCAGCAGCACGCGGGAGGGGCCCCGCCCCACAAACGCAGGAGACAGAAACUGUCCUCCGCAGACCUCUGA